UCAAGGUUAGUUUUGUGUGAUAACACCAGUGCUGCUAACAGUUUCAAGACCAAAAUUUUGAAGAUGUUUUUAAAGUUUUUCGUAUUAACAAUUAUUUUAACUGCGAAAUUUGUGCGGUCAGAAAUGGACGAUUACAUUAAGGAAUCUCGGCAGGAGUGUAAAGCGACGAACGACAUUUUUCCAUGCACCAAGUACAGGACCCUAAGAUAUUUAACUACGCUAGGGGAUUACUACUACUCCUCGUCGGGAAACGAUACCAGCCCCGUUAGGAUAGUUAAGAUGGAACGAUUGUACGACAAUGGACCCGACUUCUUUCCUACGGCGAGACAAUCUACGGCCGAUACGGAAUUUACAAAAUUUGUGAAAUUUGUUCAACGUCAGGCGAAUUAUUAUCUUGGAACGCAAGGGCUCGCCUUUAAUCUGCCCGAGGGUGCCGAAGUUAUUGAAAACAGUCUUGUUGAGGAAGGACGUGGAAAAAAGAAGAAAGUAACUAUGAUCCUGUUGCCUUUAAUUAUAUUGUUUAAAUUAUUUAAAAUUAAACUAAUGCUAGCGAUAGUGUUAGCCAGUGUGUUGUUUAUAAAGAAGGCGGUCUUGCUUGCUGCAAUUAUCCUACCUACAGCUUUACAGUACCUGAAGCAGUGUUCGCACGGAAGACAACCACAUCACUUCCACCCCACGCCUUAUCACCACUUCGAACAUGACGACCACGAAGAACCCAGUUACGGGGGUUAUGGAUACGGCAAAGACUACGAUAGGGCGUAUAAUGGAUAUGUAAAGUCUAGGCAUGGUAACUAGAAAGUGGUUUGCGAUCUGUUGUAUAAUAUGCCAAAAAUUAU